AUGAGUAAUCCACGAACAACUGGUUCUGUAAUCAUGAUCGCUAAAAUGAAUGACAUAGAACGAGGUAUACCCGAGGAAAGUGAAACCUCGCCAUUGCUCAACGACAGGUCUGAACAGGCAACAAGCAAUGAAAGAAAGCAUAGACCCUACCCACCACUCAGCCUGGCUCCAUCAUCAGUGCUUUCCACCCCCGAUUCAUCUCCCGCACCAGACACAGCUUGUACUUGGCCAAAGAAAUGGCGACGAAGCGAUCGCCGCACCAGAAGACUUAAUACUCAAUUGCUAGAAGCAAUAGAAUCACACAAUGUGGAUGAGGUUGAAAGGUUACUAAAUUCUGGUGCAAAUCCAAACGCAACAUGCCGCCUUGACAUGGUAUCAGCAUGUCACAUAGCUGCGAUAAAUGGUGGAGACUCACUCGGUAUUCUCGCCAAACAUGGAGCCGAAAAGCAUCGGCUGGACGUCCUUGGAAGAACUCCAUUGCAUCUUGCAGCGUAUGCUGGAAAUGCUCGCCAAGUUGCUAUUUUGUUGGGGUUUUCCGAAGGAGCUUUUCCAAUAACAAAGCAUGCUAAAAACAUAUUUUACUCUGGAGGCAAUGAAAUUGUAUAA